GAUCCAAUUAGAAGUGCAGUUGUGGACUCAAGCAUUCAUGUAGUGGACAAUGGGAGGAAAUACAUUCGAGGAAAGGUCUUCUUUGUUUUCACGCUUUGUGAUGCUUCAAACUAUGAUGCCCAUAUGAAGUUAGGAGCAAACAAUCCAGAAGAUGCUACAAGAUGGAUCAACUCUUUCCUGGAACUAUCUCAUGAAAAGGUGAACCAGAAUCCAGGAAACUUUUUGGGUUGUCACAGAUCAAAUUAUUUUGGUAGAAUGUGUGAUAAGAAUGAUGUUGAUGAAAUCCUCUCUUUAGCCUCAAUCAUGGAUCCUACAACUGCUGACAUAUACGAACCAUCAUACUGGACAAUCUUUGGUUGUCACAAUGGUCUCAGGCUAUUUAAACAAGCAAGAUAUGAUCAAGAAGAUAAUCAUAAGAGAGGCAGCCAUCCUGCUUUAGCAGCUGUUAGUGUGAUGGAAGGAACCCCAGAGGUCAUUUUCCAGAUUCUUAUGUCUCUUGGUUCUUCAAGAUCACAAUGGGACUUCUGUUUUCAAAAGGGUAGUGUGAUUGAAACCAUUGAUAGUCACACUGAUAUUAUUCACAAGCAAUUAGAUGGUGAUUGGUUGCCUUGGGAUAUGAAACGUAGAGAUUUACUAUUACAUCGCUACUGGAGAAAGGAAGAAAAUGGGACAUACAUUAUUCUUUAUCAUUCUGUGAUUCACAAUAAAUGCCCCCCUCAAAAAGGCUUUAUGAGAGCUUUUGUUAAAUGUGGAGGGUAUGCGAUCUCUCCUGUGAAUCAGUAUAAACAAUCAGUUGUAAGACACAUGCUUUCCAUUGAUUGGAAAUUCUGGAGAUCUUAUCUACAAAAAUCAUCAGGUCAAUGCAUCACAAUUCACAUGCUUGGGAGACUUGCAGCAUUGAGAGAACUUGUUAAAACAAACUUAUCCGAUUACUUAUUCACCGAGUUCACUUCACAAGAAUUGAAGAAAGACAGUUUGAUGCAGCAUCAUAAUGAAGCUAAUUCAAAUGAAUUGGACCUUGUAAAAAUGGAUGAUCAUGAUCACUAUUCAGAUGAAUUUUUUGAUUUUGAUGAUGAAUCGGAAUGUGACUACAUAAUCACUCUUCCAGAAGAUCAAACUGGUAAUCUGGCCCACAGUUGGUCAUCACCAGAACCUUCUUUAUUUCCAAUCCGUGGAGAAACUUUUCUGGAAGACCGUAAAAAGAUUACAGCAGAAAGUACAUUGCUAAAAACUGUUGCUGUUGACUGGCUUAAAUCAGACAAGCGUGAAGAUCAUCUUGCUAUUCGCCCUGGGAACAUUGUUCAGAAAUAUGCAGCUCAUGGUCGCCCAGAAUUCUUCAUUGUUAUUAACUUUCAGGUCCCAGGUUCAACACAUUAUAAUCUGGCUUCCUACUUUAUGGCAAGUAGCCCUAUCAAGGAUAUACCCUUGCUUGAGAAUUUUAUAAAAGGAGACGAUGCAUUUAGGAAUUCAAGAUUUAAGAUCAUCCCUAAUGUAUCUAAGGGACCAUGGAUUCUGAGGCAUGCGAUUCGUAGACCCACUCUGGUUGGUCAGAUACUUAAAAUCAACUACAUCCAUGGCAACAACUACUUGGAGAUGGAUGUGGAUGUUGGUUCAUCAGCAUUGGCAAGGGGAUUAGCUAGCAAGACUUUUAGUUGCUUCAGUAAUUUGAUAAUCGAAAUAGCGUUUGUUAUACAGGCGAACACACGAGAUGAGCUUCCAGAACAUGUAGGGGGAGCAUUUCGUCUAAGUCAUCUUGAUAUGUGUAAAGCAAUUUGGGCAAACCAUACGACUUCUUAAUAAUUCAUACACGUACACACAUGAUAACAAUUGUGUAUAUAAUAAAUUGCAAAUUAGAUGAUCUCGUGUAAAAAACUACACUUGAUACUUGCUGUGUUUUGUACUUGUAAGAUUACAAAAUGGUAAUUGGAAUGAAAUUUGGAGAGAAAA